AUGAAACGCACCAACAUCUAUCCCGGUGUUGGUCUUGCGGGUGAAGAGAACGAGCAUGCAAAACGCACCAACAUCUAUCCCGGUGUCGGUCUUGCGGGUGAAGAGAACGACCAUGCGAAACGCACCAACAUCUAUCCUGGUAUGAUGAAGUCCAUAUUCUGGUGGAGGUAUCAACCUCAGCACUCCAACCAGGAGAAAACGGGCUACCAAAGGCUUUCCGAGAUAGACGACGAAACUCAGCAACAGUUCCGCGUCCAAACACCACGAUUCUCGAAACGAAGGUUAGCAACCAUUGGGAUAGUGUUACUUGCUGUUUCUGUGAUAGGCGCAGGACUCCUCUUAGGAUUCGCUCCUCGCCAGAAAGACUGCAAUUGUGGGAACUCUAUCAAAGAGGCAUUGACCAAAGGUUGCAAAUACGACCCCAUGGCAACCUCGUGGCUACCACCCAUAUGCCGCGAUGACGAGUUGAUCGAGGAGUUCAACCAUGCUGGCCCAGGGCCAGACGGGGCCUGGGCAUAUUACAAAGACCAAAAUGGUACCCAAACAAUGACCCUCGAGGAGGUGGGACAGCUAGCCGAGAAGACGGGUGAUGAGGCGGCAUUCUGGACGACUCAUGAAUGGCACCUUGCACAUUGCCUGUUUUACUGGAAGAAGGAAUCCCGUGCGCGUAAAUCUGGAAAGGUGGUAAUUGAGAAGAGCUUUGAAGGUGAAUAUCACGUCAAGCACUGCUCGCAGAUGUGGCCUAGAGUGACAGAUAACAUGGAGUUCAAAUAUAAAGAAUGCCCAGAGGACGAUCGUACCCUCUCCAGCGAGAGCCUGCUGCAUGAUGCGGAGGUUGGAAACCAGAAAAGACCCCUUCCCAAACGCCAGCCGUGGAUCAAAUUUAUCCACCGCUUCAAAACCAUCCUCUAUAUUGCUCUAGCACUCUAUGGCCUUCUCAGUCUCUUGCUCCAGACUAUAAAAUAUAUUCAAUCUCAACAACCCAUCACGUGUGAUUGUGGAAGCUCCACGGCUGAAGCCUUGAGCAAAGGCUGUAAAUACGACACCAUGUCGGCAGCGUGGCUUCCAGAACCAUGCAGAGAUGACGAGCUGAGUGCUGAAUUCGACCGGAUGGGCCCUGGACCUAAUGGCAAGUGGUCCUACUGGGCGGACCAGAACCGCACGCGAGAGCUAAGCAUCGAGGAGCUAUCCCUGUUGCCAGAUAAUAAUCUGCCAUUUUUUACGACGUGGGAUUGGCAUGUCGCCCAUUGUUCCUAUCGCUGGCGCAAGCAGUUGCGCCCUAACUUUCUAUUUUAUAAGAUGAACAGGGACGCUGCGUAUGGCCACGUUGAACACUGUGAGGAGGUUAUGAGGGUGCAUGAUAGAGAGCAGACCAUUAUGUCAGGUGUCGGCUUGAAUGGGUCGACAUAUUCUUGA